AUGUCACUCUGCUUAAACCGCCUGCAAGAGGAACGCAAGCAGUGGCGCCGCGAUCAUCCCUUUGGGUUUGUCGCCAAGCCUAAACGCAGCGAGGACGGCUCUCUGGAUCUGAAGAACUGGCAAUGCGCCAUCCCAGGAAAGAAGGAUACACUCUGGGAAGGAGGCUCGUUCCGAUUGGAUGUCAUCUUCCCUGACGGUAAUCUAUAUCAACACCUGCAUUUUAUUCUGGAUACUGAUAUGCGAUCCUCAUACUUCCAGAGUACCCUACCAAGCCACCAAAGUUUCACGCCACCGCUGUUUCACCCGAAUGUCUAUCCCUCGGGCACCGUCUGCCUCUCGAUCCUGAACGAGGAAGAAGCCUGGCGCCCUGCGAUUACCAUUCGACAGAUCCUCCUCGGUAUCCAGGAUCUUUUGAAUGACCCCAACCCCGAGUCGCCUGCACAGGCCGACGCAUACAACCUGUUCAAGAAGGACAAGCAGGCCUACGAACGCCGUGUGCGCCAAGUGGUCAAAGAGAACCCUCCCAUGUAA